ACUAUAUUUUUCCUCCAACUCUUUUGCCCUCUUCUGUGUUUCACAAUAUCGUUUUUAAAAAUCCUUAAACUUGACUAAAUAUCUUCCACCAGCAAUAAUCUUUAAUGGAAGUCUUUUAAAAUCGCAAUUAGAAACCCUAAUUUUUGUAUCAAGCCAUCCAAAACCCUGUUUCCUUCCAUCAAAAAUUUUGGAAAUUCCUUAUCGAUUUCGAGAAAACUAUUGUUUCGAUCCCAAACUCAAAUUCUGAUAUGAUUCUCAGAAUCCCAAAUCCAAAUUUGCAAAUCAAUACCUUUUGAUGUUUCCAAUUCUAAGCAUCUGAAUUCCCGCGAUACCGAGUUCAGUUUCUGUUUGUUUCCCGUGCUUUCGAUUUGAGUGAUCCUAGGAUUCGAUGAAUUACCAAGAGCAGGAAUCCAAUUCCUAUCAUCUCAUAACCAAUUCUUCGUGGCUCGAAAUCCGAUUGUUCUACGUGAGAAUCACGCCGUGUGCAAUCGAAAGCGUGCCGGACCACCUAACACUUCGCCACCUCCGCCGGGAAAUCAGCACGCCCCUUGAAAUUAACGGCUCCAGAAUUCCUGCCGCGGAUUCGGCCUCCGUGACCCUCCGCCGUGAUCGCCUCAAUAAGGAGUCCUCUGAGGUCACGUACGUCAGCACUGAUAGCGUGCGGGUCACCAGCGCUGUAGAAUUCGAGGUGUUGGAGAGCGACGACUUGUUUCUGUGUGGUUCCUUGGAGCGAAUAGAAUCUGUUUGGGGAAAUGGGAGCGUGGGACUGGAAAAUGAUUCGAAGACUGGGUGGAGCAUUGAGUGUUAUAUGGCGGCAUCGGUCGGGGAAGGAAAUUCGGCCUUCUUCAAGCCAAAGAUGGGAAUAUCAGCCCCGGCCAUCGAGGUUUAUAUCGCUGGAUGUUGUGGGGGUGUGCCGAUGAUAUUGACCAAGACAAUUUUGGUCAGUCCGAGAAGGAAAGGAUCGAGGCAUGGAAUGCUCGAUGCGAUUCCUGAGGAUGAAGAGAUGGAGAAGGAGCAUUUCGGUGCGGAGGGCAAUGGGUCGGUUCGCCUCCGUAAAAUUCAGAUUGCUGAAUCAGAUGGUGAUGAGUACGAAUCAGAUGGGAAAAUUGGGAACAGAAACUACUCUGAGGACAUGUAUUAUGGUGAGGAUGGCCAACUCACAUGGUUUAAUGCUGGGGUUAGAGUUGGUGUCGGCAUUGGCCUUGGAAUGUGCAUUGGGAUUGGAAUAGGUGUUGGAUUGCUUAUGCGUUCAUAUCAAGCAACUACCAGAAAUUUCAGGAGGAGUCACAAGGUAAUGACUACCACCAAUAUCAGAUCCUCUGUGACAAUGUCCCACCGUAACAAUCCUGUGCAAGCUCUCCCUGUUGUCGUAACUCUCAACUGCAUCGAGGAUUGCGCCAUCGAGCAAGACUCCUUAGCCGGCGUCGCAAACGUUGAGCACGUGCCGCUUAGUCGCCUAGCUGAUGGAAAGAUUGAAUCAGCUGCUGCCGUCCUUCUCCACUCUCUUGCUUACCUUCCUCGUGCCGCUCAGCGCCGACUCCGUCCUUACCAGCUCAUCCUAUGCCUCGGCUCUGCUGACCGUGCCGUCGACUCGGCUCUUGCUGCCGACCUGGGGCUCCAGCUUGUCCACGUGGACGCAUCGCGGGCUGAGGAGAUCGCGGACACAGUGAUGGCUCUGUUCCUUGGCUUACUGCGCCGGACUCAUUUGCUCUCUCGCCACGCGCUUUCGGCUUCUGGAUGGCUUGGCUCGGUGCAACCGCUAUGUCGAGGAAUGAGAAGAUGUAGAGGACUGGUUUUGGGGAUCGUUGGUAAAUCUGCAUCCGCGAGGUCUUUGGCUAGUAGGAGCUUGGCUUUCAAGAUGAGCGUGCUUUAUUUUGAUGUCCACGAGGGGAAAGGAAAAGUAAGCAGGUCUUCCUUAAGAUUUCCACCUGCAGCCCGAAGAAUGGAUACUCUUAAUGAUUUACUAGCGGCAAGUGACCUUAUAUCUCUACACUGUGCUUUAACAAAUGAAACUGUUCAGAUUCUAAAUGCAGAAUGUUUGCAGCAUAUAAAGCCAGGGGCAUUUCUUGUGAAUACGGGCAGCAGUCAGCUACUGGAUGACUGUGCUUUGAAGCAGCUUUUGAUUGAUGGGACAUUGGCUGGCUGUGCUCUGGAUGGUGCUGAAGGACCACAGUGGAUGGAAGCUUGGGUAAAAGAGAUGCCCAAUGUAUUGAUACUUCCACGCAGUGCAGAUUAUAGUGAAGAAGUGUGGAUGGAGAUAAGGGAGAAAGCCAUAUCUUUAUUGCAGUCUUUCUUCUUUGAUGGCGUUAUACCAAAGGAUAUUAUUUCUGACGAGGAAGAAAGUGAAAGAGAUGAUGAAAAUACACAAUUGCUCAAACAAGAGAAAGAAAGUGCUCUACAGGCUUCUGUUGGUGAGCAGUUGACUGAUGAUAUUCAGGUAAGUCCUGAAAGCUCCAACAAAAAGGGUAUUAAUCGACCAACAGAAUCUCCUAGUCAAACUCAAGGUUCUGGCUUGUCUCAAACUAUGGCUGUAAGGUCUGAAGGAAGACGCAGCAGAUCAGGUAAGAAAGCGAAAAAAAGACAUGGCCGUCAAAAAUCUAUACAGAAAUCAAAUGAUCCUUCUCAAUUAGAAAAAGAAAGUACUUCCCAUCGAGAAGAUGACACUGCUAUGAGUGGUACAGAUCAGGUAUUAAGUUCUGGAUCUCGAUUUGCUUCCCCUGAAGAUUCAAGAACUAGGAAAAUGCCAAUAGAAUCUAUGCAAGAUUCACCUGCUGACCAGCUUUUAAAAUCAAGCAAGAAGCUCAGUGGAAAAUGUGGUGAACUGUUGAAAGAUGGUUAUGUUAUUGCCUUAUAUGCAAGAGAUCACCCUGCGCUCCAUGUAUCGAGGCAGAGAGUUAAAGGCGGUGGUUGGUUCCUGGAUGCCAUGUCAAAUGUGACAAAAAGAGAUCCUGCAGCACAAUUCCUUGUUGUUUUCAGAAGCAAGGACACUAUUGGAUUGCGUUCUUUUGCUGCUGGUGGGAAGUUAUUGCAGAUUAACAGAAGAAUGGAAUUUGUGUUUGCUAGUCACAGCUUUGAUGUGUGGGAGAGUUGGAUGUUGGAAGGUUCUUUUGAAGAAUGUAGAUUGGUUAACUGUAGAAACCCUCUGGCUGUUUUGGAUGUACGCAUAGAGAUUCUGGCAGCUGUUGGGGAAGACGAUGGAGUUACUCGUUGGCUAGAUUAGGCUGUGGAAGAAAGAGAGCGGCGAUUACCUAACCUUUAUUUUUUGCCUGUCGCUUUAUUAUUCUUCGGAGGUUUGUGCUUCCUCAAACAAUUUGUAAAUCAUUCUUUUUGGUCUCUUUUUUUUUUUUUUUUUUUUUUUUUUUUUUUUUUUUUUUUUUUUUU